AUGGAAUACAUUGAAAAAAUACGAAGUGCUCCACCAAUUGUUUGGUGGCGAAGUAUUUGUUAUCAUUAUGUAAGACGAGCAAGACAAAUCACCAGGUAUAGAAAUGGAGAUGCUAUCUCAGCAUUGCAAACUUUUUAUGAGCGAGUUAAUUCACAUGCUGCUGGCAGUGUUUUUAUAUAUGAUGCAUGUGGUGUUAAAGAUAUAUCGAAAUCAUUGGUUGAUUUGGAGCGUUAUCCAAUCACCAAGAUCAAUAUCAGUAAAGGAUUCAUUUUUGCCUGUAUGCAAGCAGCGAAUGAAUUUGAAGAUCAGCGUUCACGUUUUUUCAUCGAAAAUGAAAUUCUUGAUGAUUAUAUGGAAGUACGUGAAGGACUUGAUUUUGCCGGUAUACAAUUUAUUGAAUCAUUAAUUGUUUAUUCAUCAAAAUCCAACAAGAGUCCUUGGUAUCUAACCUCAACUGCAUUUUGGAUUUCGAGUAUUGUUUUGCUCAGUUGGCCACUAAGACUUAUCUGUGAUUUGCGUACCGCUCAUGUUAAUUAUCAAAUUUCUAAAUUAUUUGGUACGAAUUAUUUAAGUCCAUCAAGUGUUAAUUACACUGGUAUGGUAACUCAUUCAUCCACAACUGAUAGUCGUCAACUUGAAUCCAUAAUACAACAUGAUAGCUACUUUGUUGUGCCAAGCUAUAGUGAAGCUAUGCUUAUGGAAUCAACCAAUCAGCAUAUCCUUCCCAAUGGUCAUUUCCGAAAUCGGAAUCGUGUUGUAACAGCAUGCAGUGAGGAUGUUGUAAUUAUGAAUUACGGUGCUGUUCGGAGCUCACCAAAACGCUUUUGGCGAAAUGAGCCUACUCGAUCAUCAUCGAUCCGACAUAAUAUUCCUUUUCAAAGUCGAUCUGUGAGUUUGAUGUUUAAUAAAGUAACCGGUCGAUCAGAUCCAUUGAUCGUCACUACAUCAUCAUCAUCAGCACUUCCGCGAACACUAAAUGGUUCACCGCGAUCAGCAAGUAUUUCAGGCUUAUCCGCUGCAUGGCGUUCUCCUGGCUAUCAUACGAUAAGUGAAGAACCGAUCGAUGAUCAAUAUCCAUUGAUCGAACCGAUGAGACCAAUCGAUGAAGCACCUCCUCCUUACGAAGCAGCGCUGAAGAUGUGCGCACCAUUUUAUAAAAAAUUACGACGAUCAGCGAAUUCACUGACAUCUCGAUUAAAUUCAUUGUCGCAAUCAACUAGCAAAGAACUUUCGUACACAAGACAGAUUGCUCUCAAAGGUCAAGGAUCAAGUAGAGAUGAUGGCUAUUGA